CCCUUUCCUUCCUUCCUUCCUUCACCCAUUAUCACUAUUAUUAUUACUAUUAUUAUUUCCCCUACUUUCCACUACGACCACCAUCUUCAUUCCCAUUUUUCAUUCUUUUUUGCUAUAUUCCCUCCUUCACCAACCAUGACUACUCCCCCCGAAGACGACAACUGGGUCAACUCAGCUUUGACCGACACCGACCUCGUCGUCCACCUCCUGGUCAACCUCCGCUCCUCUCCACCAUCGCCACCUAAAACCUGGACCAUCCGUCAACGCCGCUCCAAACCACCACCACCACCUACCAAAUCUCAACCCACCAGAGCCAGCCCCACUACUCCACUCUCCUACAGCGGCGCCACCUCCGUCAGCGGCGGCGCUGGUCUUGAAGAGUCCAGCCGGUUACUUCACUCCGAUGGUUCAAGAUCUAAGGUUAUUGGGUCAAAUGAAACAACACCAACAAAGAGGCCAAGAAAGAAGAAGACGUUGGCUGAACUUAGGGAGGACGAGACGAGAUUAUUAAAGGAAAGAAAGCAACUGAAACGCCAACUAGCAAGCCUUCAAGCUACAUGCCAGAAACAUAGAAAGGACAAUGAAAGCUUGAAGAAAAUGAAGGAUGAUAUGAAGUCACAAGUGUUAGCGAGUUCCAGGGAAAACGAUUGUGUGGAAGGAAAGAAAAACGACGGAUUUGUCCUCCCCGAUCUUAAUAUUCCGGCAGGCGAAGAUUACUAGAAGUAGGCAUAGAAUAACCUCAGAGAGCAUAUGAUCAUCAACAUUAGAAUAUAAAUUCUAAAGUUGAUGGGUAGGUCAAAGUGUAAGUAGAGAAAACAAAACACAUUUGUUGUUGGUAUGGUUCAUUUGGUAUUGAGUAAAGAUAUUAGAGGAUAUUAGUAUAGAAAUAUCUUUUUAACCCUUUUAGAAUUUAGGCUUAUAUUCUUUUAUCACCUGUUUUUACAAACUUUCAUGAUCUUAUCUAUUUUACUUUCAUCUUUUUGUUGA